GGUAGGGUUUCUGACCCGAAUCCGAUAAAAACCCGACCCGAAACACGUGGGCUAUUAUAAAAACCCGACCCAACAAAACCUCAUCAUCUCCACAUUUUCCAAGGCUUCAGUUUCACUUCAUCACUCUCUCUCUGCAAAACAAAAAAAUGAGCUCCCAAAUCUGCAGAUCUGCUUCCAAAGCAGCCAAAUCUCUUCUUUCUUCAGCUAAAAAUGCUCGUUUCUUCUCCGAAGGAAGAGCCAUUGGUGCUGCGGCAGCGGUUUCGGCGUCGGGGAAGAUUCCUUUGUAUGCAUCUAACUUUGUAAGAUCAUCAGGUUCUGGUGUUUCCUCUAAGAGUUGGAUCACUGGACUCUUAGCUCUUCCUGCUGCAGCCUAUAUGAUUCAAGAUCAAGAGGUUCUUGCUGCUGAGAUGGAACGAACUUUUAUCGCUAUCAAGCCUGAUGGAGUGCAGCGAGGACUGAUAUCAGAAAUCAUUUCUCGAUUCGAACGCAAGGGAUUCAAGCUUGUUGGUAUCAAAGUCAUUGUCCCUUCCAAAGAUUUUGCACAGAAGCAUUACCAUGAUCUUAAGGAAAGACCUUUCUUCAAUGGCUUGUGUGACUUCCUUAGCUCUGGUCCUGUUAUUGCCAUGGUCUGGGAAGGAGAUGGUGUGAUCAGAUACGGACGUAAACUGAUUGGAGCCACCGAUCCUCAGAAAUCUGAGCCUGGAACAAUCCGAGGAGAUCUUGCAGUUACUGUUGGCAGGAACAUAAUCCAUGGAAGUGAUGGACCAGAGACAGCAAAGGAUGAGAUCAGUCUGUGGUUUAAGCCUCAAGAACUUGUUUCUUACACCAGUAACUCUGAGAAGUGGCUCUAUGGCGACAACUAAAUCCCACUAUGACAGUAAGCUUCUCAUGGAGACAUGUCAAGACCAUUGUUUUUUUUUCUUAACUUACCCAUACAAUAAAAACGAGACAAUUAUUACAGAUACAAACACAUUCCGGGUUUUGAUUUUCCCGGUAAACUCAGUUAUCGGAGCAAAAGUAAUAAAGUAUGGGAUGAUUAGUUUUUGAAUCUA